AUGCUCGAAGGCUGCAAGCGAGUGCAAGAUGUUCCAAGUGAGAAGUGCCAAGCAGUUACAUCAACCAGUGCUUUGUUGGAUGAGUUCACCGAUGACCCAGUUAUCCGAGAAAAUCUCCAGGAUUUGGAAAGGUUUGGUGGCAAAUUCACCGGGGAUGCCAACAAGAUCGGUGUGGCCAAAAAAUGUUGCUGGUUAUGCAAAGAGCUCGGCGAAGCAAUGGGACAGAAUAACCAAACAUUCAGCCUACCUGGAACAAGUGGUCUUGUUUUUUCAUGGGCACCUCCCACGGGCCUGGAUAUAGCCGUGCUACAACAGCUCGAGGACAGAUUGAAAAACAGACUCUUCAAGUAUCUUGAGAAGUAUGCAAAGCAAGCUUUGGAACAAGUGCAGAGCCAUCAGUUGUCACCUACCACCUCUGUUACGGACAUCACUUUGCCAGGCCAUCCAAUCACCAAGGAAAUAGGAUUGGGGUGGAGGCAUGAGCACAGCUAG